UGUGGUGAUGAAUUCAGUGUCUUACGAUCACCUCAGUCAGUUGUUUUUCGAGAUGGAAGUUGGCCUUCCUGGUGAGCGGAUCCCAGACGUAGCUGCAUUAUCCAUGGGCUUCUCUGUUGAAGAGGACCUUUCCUGGCCUGGGCUUGCAGUGGGUGAUCUCUUUCACAGACCACGAGCUACUGUGCUGGUAACAGUGAAGGGAGUAGACAAGCUGAUGUUGCCUGCGAAAGGGAUUUCUUACCCUAUUGAGAAUGCUGUUCCUUUCAGUCUUGACAGUGUUGCGAACGCUAUUCAUACUUUGUUCUCUGAGGAAACUCCUGUGGUCUUGCAGCUGGCCCCCAGUGAGGAAAGAGUGUACAUGGUGGGCAAGGCAAACUCCGUAUUUGAAGACCUUUCUGUCACGCUGCGCCAACUGCGAAACCGCUUAUUCCAGGACAACUCCAUUCUCAGCUCCCUUCCUCUCAAUUCCCUCAGCAGAAACAAUGAGGUUGAUUUGCUCUUUCUGUCAGAGCUACAAGUUCUACAUGAUAUUGCAAGCCUGCUGUCUCGACACAAGCUUGGCCAAAGACCACUCUCCAGACCUGUAUUCUCUGGAACUGGCUGGUUUGGAAGAGGUUGGAAAACGUAUGGGGAAGACUCUCAGCAGUUCAAGGAUGCUUCUCAAAUUCUUGUAGACUCUUUACAAAAGUUUGCAGAUGAGAUGUUUAAUCUGUAUAACGGCAAUGCAGUAGUAGAAGUGGUAGCUGUAAAGACAUUUAAUUCUCCACUCGCGAGGAAGAGUCGCUCCAUUCUCCAGUCUUCACAGGGUGAAACAGAAAAUCCGUAUAACCUUGCCUAUCCAUACAACUACAACUACUCUGUAAUCUUCAACAUUAUUCUGUGGAUGAUGAUAGGUCUUGCUUUAGCUGUGAUAGUUAUCUCCUACAACCUCUGGAACAUGGAUCCUGGGUAUGAUAGCAUUAUUUAUAGGAUGACAAAUCAGAAGAUAAGAAUGGAUUGAGUUGCACUGUGUUUCAACACAAAGAAACGAUGAAGAGUAAGAUCUCCUUUUAAACUCUGUGGAAAACAAAUAUUCUGACAUAGUUAAUUGUGGAAUUUUUUUAAAGAUGUAUUUAUUUCUAAAUUUGGUUUGUGUUUUUUUUUCCCCUCUCAAGUCUGUUUUAAAUGUUAGUAGUAGCACCAGAUGGGAUUUAGAAGUUGAAAUCUGCUUGAUUAAAAAAAAAAAAACAAAACCAAUCCUCAAAGUAAUGGUUAUUAAAGUAACAUCAUUCAAUUUUUUUUGUCACGUAACAUGAGUUUUUGAAAUACACUGUGUGCGAAACAGAUAAAUUGAAAUUAUGAUAGCAACAUGUUGUUUGAAACUUU